CUCACAUCCUCCAUCUCAUCUCCCCGACCUAUACAUUACAUACUCAAUAAACACAAACAAUCAGACAUCGCCUAAAUAGCAUAUUGCCAACCCACGCACAGCCACCACGCAGGACGAGGCGGCUGAACGAGAGGCAGAAACCAAGCCCCACCCCUCUUAGUUCCCCAUCCAUUGAAACCCCGCACAGACACAUACAGCCACACAUCAUGGGAUCAAGUUCCUUCGCAGUCUCAGUAAACACCCUCGCGCUUUUACUCAUCAUCACAGCGAACCAACAUCACGGCCAGAGCACGUCGCCAACUCAGCGACCUUAUAGCGUUCUCCACCGAUCACCACAAAAAGGCCCUUUCGCGGCACCCGGUCCCCAGGCGGGUGCACCGGCGUCAGGAGGCAAACCAUACUUAGAUAACACACCUUACUCGGUUAGACGGAGGAGCUUAUCUGGGUUGGGUUGAGGGUGUCAUCCAUGAUGAUGUUUAUUAGGCUGUGGAUACAGGGUGUUGUUGAUGAGUGGCGGAGGGGAGGAGCAUUUAUGAUGUUCUUUCGGACUUUCCAGUUUGUCGCGACGUUGGGACAGGUGGGUUAGGACUUUUGGGUACUCUGUGGUGAGAUAGGGUUGUUGAUGAAUUUGUUCGCCAUUUGGUCAUGUUUAUAUGAGAGUAGGGCUAUAGCUGCUUUAAGAUGCUAUUAGAUAUAUUUGAUUUACAAUACUAACGUCUGG